AAAUACCUAAUCAAUAUUCAUCCAAUAGAACGCGCCCCUACUGAGAGACCCGAAACACACUCAUUGCGCGGAAGCAGUUAUCGCUGCAAGAACAACAAUGGAAGACGGCGAUACGACGGAGGAGGCGGUUGUCGUUCCGGUCUCAAACGGCGACGAGCAAUCGUUUUCUCAUUCUUCCUCACGGCAACGCGAUUCGGAGGAGGAUUCUCCGCACGAAACGUUGCGUAACACAAAAGCUUCAAUAGAGAACAUCGUAGCCGAGAUUCUCUCUCUGAAGAACCAGGCAAAACCCAAACCACUCCUCACUCUCCGACUCCGAGAGCUCCUCACUCAAACGUUCCUCCACUUCGUCACUCUCCGCCAGGCAAAUCGCUCGAUCUUGCUGGAGGAGGAGCGCGCAAGAACGGAAACGGAGCGUGCGAAGGUGCCUCUGGAACUCACCACACAGAAGCUUCAGAACCUGAGUUAUGAGAAGAGUCAAUUCGUGAAAGCGAUAAAGGUGUGUAACGAUUUCAAGUCGAAGUAUCCUGAUAUUGAAGUGGUGUCGGAGGAAGAGUUUUUUCGCGGCGCGCCGCAGGAUAUGAAGGAUUCCGUUUUGUCCAAUCACAGUGAGCAUAAUCUCGUGCUUAAGAGGCUCAAUUUCGAGCUCUUUCAGCGCAAAGAGCUUUGCAAACUUCAUGACAAACUGGAACAGAAAAGGAAAACCCUUCUGGAUACAAUUGCAAACCGAAAGAAGUUCUUAUCUAGCCUCCCUUCACAUCUCAAGUCUCUUAAGAAAGCAUCGUUGCCGGUGCAAAAUCAACUAGGAGUUCAGCAUACUAAGAAACUAAAGCGGCAUCAUACAGCAGAGUUGCUUCCACCACCUCUUUAUGUGAUUUACUCACAGUUGUUGGCUCAAAAGGAGGCGUUUGGAGAAUCUAUUGAUGUGGAGAUUAUAGGAAGUGUCAAAGAUGCUCAAGCUUUUUCCCACCAUCUAGCUCACAAGGACACUGGCAUUUCCACCACUGUGGAGAGUCCUAAAUUGGAAAACAAUGAACCUGAUGAAGAUGGUCAGAGACAGAGUAAAAGGCCAAGGAGGUUUCAAGGCAAGGAGAGCCUUGACCAGGCAGGAAUAUUUCAAAUUCACCCACUUACUGUCAAUCUCCAUGUGUAUGAUGAUGAGGUUACUGAUCUUGAGUCUGCAAAACUCAUUUCUCUAAAGUUUGAGUACUUGAUGCAGUUGAAUAUUAUAUGUGUUGGAAACGAAGCAUCUAAUAUUGGUUCUGAGAAUGACAUCUUAAGCGAUUUAUUCCCAGAUGACACAGGUCUCGAGCUUCCUCACCAGUCAGCUAAGCUCUGUGUCGGGAAUGCUAUAAUGUUCAAUGGUGAUAGAACUGCACGUCCUUACAAAUGGGCACAGCACCUGGCGGGUAUUGAUUUCUUGCCUGAGGUGGCUCCCUUGCUGCUUGCUAGCCGUGAAACUUCAGACAGUGGUGAAGCUGCCAAAGGUGAAGACUUCAUAACUAGUCUUUCACAAUAUCGCCAACAAAACCGAUUACAGACAGUUCUGCAAAAAAUUCGAUCAAGGAUAAAAGCUCAGUUGGCUCUUCAAUAAUGAGUCACUUCUCUUUUAUGUAUACAGUUUUAGGAUAGGAAGUGACUUCCUGGGUAUUCAUUGAAUUAAAAAUAAUGCAGUCAACUGAAAAGAUUGUUUUUGGUCUAUGCUUUGGUUGUAUUAUUGUAACUGAUAUCUAGUUUUUUUUUGUCUGCCUGCUGUAAAUCCUUGUAACCCAUCUUUUGUAAGAUUUGUGUUUUUGUCCAUUUAUUGAAAUUCCAUUCUAUUUGGGAGAAUC